UUGUGCUGAAGCAGAAACACGCACAGCUGGAUCCGUGCGGCCGUCCCCGCGUCACCUCCCGCAGACUGCGCCUUCUCCUCGGCCGCCUGACUUCCAUAAGCUGGUGGUGAGGCUGACGAUGACGGUGUGAAGAUGGAGGCUCCUGAAUACCUGGACCUGGAUGAGAUCGACUUCUCCGAUGAUUCAGUGUAUUCUGUGACGUCUCUGAAGAGCAUCCCAGAGUUGUCCAGGAGGAGCGAUGGCCAGGCCGAGGACAGACCAGCUCCAGCCAUCAACUGGAGUCGCAGCGUUUCCUCCCACGGCGGCGGGGGGAUCAAACCCACGGGGCUCGCCGAGGCCCACAGUAAGUUCCGGCCGGUGAAGAGGGUCUCUCCUCUGAAGCACCAGCCGGAGACCACCGACUCCGACUCGGACGGUAAAGUCCAGGAGGCGGGGGAGGCCGGUAAGGAUGAGUCCGGCUCCGACAAACCGAGUCAAGCCUCCAGCUCCUCCGACGGGCCGGGGGGGAAGGCCAAGGGGCUGAACGGCAGCGGUGGCAGUGGAGGAGGAGGAGGAGGAGGAACCAACGCCCAGGCUCUGUUCGGGGAGCUGGAGCACUACGACCUGGACAUGGACGAGAUCCUGGACGUGCCGUACAUAAAGUCCAGUCAGCAGAUGUCCACGCUGCCACGCGUACCACACGACAAGCGCUCGGUGACAGGGAGCAACCUGGGAGGAGGCACCCUGGAGAGGAGCCGCGGAGGAGGAGGAGGGGAGGAGGAGGAGGAGGAGGAGGAGGGGAGGAGGGGGCUGAAGAGCUCGGCGUUGCCCCACAGCGAGCCUCUGAGCCUGGGCAGCGGCAGCUCUCAGACUCAGUACUGUGUUCUGUCUCCGGUGAAGUGGUCCGACCUGAGGAAGUCCAAGUCCAUGGAUCCAGACCUCCACCACCUCCACCGCCCCCCAGCUGGAGGAGGCUACCAGUCGGAGUUGCUCUCCUCUGGACUCCUCAGCUGCUCCUCCUCCAUCUCCUCUUUCUCUGAUGCAGACAAGCUGCUGUCGGCUCGAGUCUACCCAGACUCCCAGAGCCAGAGGCCGGGCGUGGAGCCUCCAGGAGGCCCGGGGAUGAUGUUCCCCAUGCCGGGCUGCAGCGUGGGCAGGCAGGACGCCUCCAAGACCUGGGCUCCUGGACCAGGAGGAGGAAACGGAGGCAGCAGCAGUGGGCCGAGGGGGUUCGGAGGAGGAGGAGGAGGAGAGGUGGACGAGGAGACCAAGAAGAACCAGAACAUCAUCAACAUCGUCAGAGAGGGACAGAUGUCUCUACUGCCUCACCUGGCGGCAGACAACCUGGAGCUGAUCCGAGACCCGGACGGGAACAACCUGCUGCACAUCUCGGCCUGUCAGGGUCACGCCGACUGUCUGCAGCAUCUCACCUCUCUGAUGGGGGAGGACGGCCUCAACGAACGCAACAACCAGCAGCUCACCCCCGCUGGUCUGGGAGUCAAGAACGGUCAUCUGGAGUGUGUGAGGUGGAUGGUGAGUGAGACGGAGGCCAUCGCUGAGCUGAGCUGCACCAGAGAACAUCCCAGUCUGAUCCACUACGCUGCCCGCUAUGGACAGGAGAAGGUGUUGUUGUGGUUGCUUCAGUUCAUGCAGGAGCAGGCCAUCUCUCUGGACGAAGUCGACCAGAACGGAAACACCGCCGUCCACGUGGCGGCUCAGUACGGACACCUCACCUGCAUACAGACUCUGGUGGAGUACGGCUCCAACGUGACGGGGCAGAACCAGCAGGGGGAGCGGCCUUCCCAGAGUGCCGAGCGGCAGGGACACACCACCUGCGCUCGGUACCUGGUCGUCGUGGAGACCUGCAUGUCGUUGGCCUCGCAGGUCGUCAAACUCACCAAACAGCUCAACGAACAGGCAUCAGAGAGGAUGACUCUCCAGAAACAGCUGCAGAGACUGAUGGACCCCAACAAGGCUGAGGGGACACCGUCCAGAUCACCCAGCUCCCAUCAGCCCUCGGUGGAGGCGUGGCCAGAGAUGAUGUUGACGGCGGAGGCGACUCCCGGCGACGGUUGGUUGGUCCGUCAGGGCGGAGUCGGCCCGGACCCGGUGCUGCGUCAGCUGCUGGGGAAGGACAUGUCGGACUCUCUGUGUCCGCGGGACAGGCUGCCCCCGGCGGGCGGACGGGGGCCUCAGCGGCCUCGGGGCCCCGGGGCCCGCAGGACCGGGCUGGUGGAGCGGAGGGAGCUCAAACUGGCGAGACUCAAGCAGAUCAUGCAGCGAUCGCUGAGCGAGUCGGAUUCUGACGGCUAUCCACCGGAGGACGGGAAAAAUCAAGGAGCCUCGGCGUCGAACACACUGCGACCUGAUAGGCCGACCCACCUGCCAAUCACAGAGGAGGAGCCGGCGUCAAACCUGAUGAUGAAGAACAACCCCCCCUCCUCCUCCUCCUGCUCCACAGCCGAGAGGAAGCUGGCGUUUUCUCUCAGCGGGUCAAAGUCAGCUGACAGCGUCGGUUACAACCCCUCCCCGACCUCCAGCGACCCCGAGGCCGCCGACGGUAAAACGCCAGACGACCUCCACGACGGAGCCGCUGGCGCCAACGGCCAGAAAGCCGCCACCAGCCCCAAGAGCGCCCUGAAGUCGCCGUCGUCUCGCAGGAAGACGUCCCAGAACCUCAAACUGAGGGUCACCUUCGACGAGCAGGUGCACAAGAGCUCCAAUCAGGAGGCGGAGCAGAGCAAAGUGCAUCAUGGGAAGGAGAGGACUCCGACAGGGAGCUCUGAGAGCAAGCGUCCGUUCGGGGCGUUCCGCUCCAUCAUGGAGACGCUGAGCGGAAACACCAACCACAACAACAACAGUCAGCCCGGAUCCACCGCCGUCAACUCACCGGGCAGGAAGUCAGAGAGUAGAGGAGGAGGGGGCGGGGCCAAGGUGAAGAGCAAAACCAGUAACGUUUAACCAAACCAGUGCCUACUGGAGGACAACCAGCACAACACAGAGCAGACAACAUGAGGAAUUUAUAUCUGAUGGUAGCAGAGAAAAUAUUCAUCGAGGAUAAAAGAAUAUAAAAAAAUACCCAAAAUAUAAACAAACAAACAAUCAAUCAAGUUUUAUUUAUAUAUUUAUAUAUAGCACCUUUUCAAACAAUUCAAAGGCUUUUUAAAUGAUUGACAAGACGAAAAUGGAGAGAAGAUGAAGAAACCAAUGUACCAAAUUAAGAUAAAUAUACAAAUAAAUAAAUAAAUAAAAUAUGUAUGAUUAAAAAUGGUUUUAGAGCAAAAUAAUAAAUAAAAUCUACGUAAAUUCGCUUUACAUUGAAUGAAAAGACGACUUUUAUUUAAUGUGUCAGCUCCAAAAAAUAAAAGGUCAUUUUAUGAAUUUCAAGUACUUUAACAGUUACAUUUUUACCAAUAUUUCCUCACACUUCUCUGUUUUUAUACCAUAAAGUUCCUCAUGUUUUCUGCCUCUGACGUUUGACUUUUGAUGUUUUUUCAACAGUUGAAUGACUGAAAGACAAAAACAGAAACUCCGUUUUCUUGUUGACUUUUAUUUGAUGACGUUAUUCAGAGACAUUAAUCACUACACAGUGAGGGAGAACAACCUGUGUGUCUAAAGCAAUUCUUUUUAUUGACUGACUGAAGGAAAAGUCUUCACAUAAUUAAUAACUUUCACAUGUUUUUUUAUAUUUUUGUCACUUUAAGUGUUAUUCUGUUAAUCGGUCUGUUAAAACAAAUCUCUCUAAAUGGAGAUAAACGUUUCUCUGCCACUCUGUUACUGAACUACACUAAAGAUUAAGUAUUAAUAUUUAUGUUUAUGCACACAGUUUUAUGAUUAUAAAAAAAAAAGUGGUUAAAAUCAUGCACGUGGUUAACGUGCACCAGCACAACGAAUCGUUUUAAAACCACUGAGUAUAUGAAGUAUUUAAUUUGUUUGUUUUUUUUGCAUCAUAAUCCAGCACAUUUUGUUUUUCUGUUAUUAUCUAUGCAGUAUUGUCGGCAUGAAGUAGAGUUUAGCUGAGUGACGUGUUUGAGAAAGGAGACGGAGGCGGUUCAUCUGAUGAUCUCAUCCAAUGUUUCAUCAGACAAAACAGCGUCUGGAAUCAAUGUAUGCGUUAAAAUAUAGUAACAACAUUUCACAUGUUUACAGAUGAAUUCAAGUCCAGUGUGUCAGAACUCUGUGAGACAUUCAGGGCCCUCCCUGCAGUAUUAAUAAACCUUUUAUACUAAAUAAAUAGCUGCUUUUAACUGACCCUCACAAUAAAAGCCCCUUGAUGUUUUGCUAUUUACAAGCUUUUAUUUUGAAACAGCAAAAUGGGGAAACAUUGUGUUUUCAUCAGCAGUUACUGAGGAACUUCUGUGUGAACAUUCAAGUGACAGACAAUUUUUUAAUUUGAUAUUUCAUAUAUCAAAAAUUGCUUCUACAUGAAAAUCUGUAAUUUUCUGGAGACACUGAAGCCUCACCAGCACCCCCAAGAGGCAGCAGUGUGCAUUACACCCCACAGUUUACCAGGACAGACGUUUCUGGGGAUGAAUAUGUUAAUGUGUUUUUCCUGAAGGGUUUUAUUUGAUAAGAAUCAUCCAGCAAGAAAAUCAACGUCUAGUUUUAUGUAAAUCUGUCCAGAAGUUUUAUCUCUGUCAAAGAAAACUGAAAGUUGUUCAUAAGAUUCAAUCAUUUGAUCUGUUUCAUGUCUGUGUUCAGGUUUUAAAGCCACUAAAUCAAGAUUCCACUUCCUGUUUUAACUUUUAUUAUGUGAAAACACUCCUGAUAAUAGUGUUUCAGAUUUCAGCUUCAGCUCUCUUAUUUUGUAGCUUUUUGAGAAAAACUGGAUUAAAUCUGUUCAUGUUUUUUUGUUUACGUUGAUACAAAUAUUGUUUCUGAUUCAGCAGAAGUUUUUCUGUCACAUUCCUGAAUGUUUCUACAUUUGCAGUUUUUAAUGAGAGAGAUUCUGAUCUGUCAUUUCUACUCUCAGACUUUUAUUUUGAAGGUUUACAAACUGGAUGGUUUAUGUUUUUGAUCUUUUGUUAAAUGAACAGUCCAACAUUUAAGCGUCAGAGGAGAAGACGAUGAGCAGCUUCAUAGCUGGCACAAAAAACAUCUGGCAAUUCUUUUUUUUACAAAGAUGGCUUCAAUUGUUUUACAGUGAGAGGAAGUGGAGACACGUCCAUCUAUACAGUCUAUCUACUGAUUCAAUAAAACUUUAUUGAAGUAAUUGUUGAAGGAACCGGUUCAGUUUUGAUCAGAGGUGGAACGUUUGUCCCGAGCAGAAGAUUAUGAUUAUGACGGACACACAGAGAUAUCAAACCUCCUGCUUCAGUGUUUCCUUCCAUGUUGAACUGCUCCUUUAACAGCCAGUUAAACCAACUGGUGACAACUCAACUCCCAGUGAUUCCAGUCAGCAGUUAACAAGUCAACAAUUAAAGUUUGAGAAACAUUUUA